UAUAUACGACGGGCGCCUAGUGCACCGCAGCCCCGAGUCCUCUGCGACCUGCGAGGCGCUUCCAGACAACAGGAUCACACACUGUAGACGCGAUGCCAGGCGAGAAGGCGGCGACGGGCGUAGCGACGCAGUUCCUUGCUGCAUUCGUGGCAAAUAUCAUAUCGCUACACAUCGGAUUCACUGUGGGAUGGACAGCAGUGGCUAUACCUGUGCUAGAGAGCAACAGCACACUCGACGGCACGAAUCCACUCGACAAGCCCCUGACGAAGUACGACGCUUCGUGGCUCGCGUCCCUGUCGAUGGUGUUGUCGAUUUUCGGGCCUACAGCGUGCAGCCUGUCGAUCCAUCGCUGGGGCUUCAAACCGACCGGGUACAUCAUGGGUAUCUUGUCCGCCCUGUCGGGCGUUAUCGUAUUGGUGGCGCGUUCUUUCGCCGUGCUGUUGGCAGGUCGCAUCCUGAUUGGUCUAGCCAUCGGUGGUGGCGCCGUCGUCUCCACCAAUUACGUCGCGGGAGCCGCGCAGGCGCACGUGCGCGGCGCGCUGGGCACGUUCUUCGCGCUCAUGUUCAACGGUGGCAUCCUGCUGGCCUACCUCGUGGGCGCUGCGUCUUCCUACUUCACCGUCUGCGUCGUCGGUGUUGCCGUCCCGACGGUGUACACCGCCUGCUUCUUCUUCCUUCCGGAGUCGCCACUGCAUUUGCUGUCCAAGGGCAGGGAAGAUGAAGCAGCCAAGUCGCUGCGCUGGUUCCGCGCCACCGGCCACGACGUCGCCGGGGAGCUGAAAGAGAUGCGGCUGACCGUCGAGGCCGGGCAAGGCGGCGACCGGAAGCGGAUGACGGUGGCGCAGUUCUUCAAGGAGCGCGCGUCGCGGUACGCGUUCGCCGCCAUCGUGGUGCUGAUCCUGAACCAGCAGCUGAACGGCAGCCUGGUCGCGCUCAACUACGUGGUCGAGAUGCUGGCCGCCGCCGGCGACAGCGUGUCGGCCGGGUGGUCGGCGGUGGCCGUGGCGGCGCUGCAGUUCGCGGCGACCUUCCUGUCGUCGGCGCUGGUGGACCGCGCCGGGCGCCGCCCGCUGCUGCUCGGCUCGAACGCGGGCAUCGCCGCCUGCCACACCGCCCUCGGCGGCUAUUUCUACGCGCAGGCCGCGGGCCUCGACGUGGCCGCCGCCUGGUGGCUGCCCGUGUGCGCCACCUCGCUCUUCCUGGUGCUCAACGCCGUCGGCGUCGGGGCGCUGCUCAUGGUCGUCGUCAACGAGUUCUUCUCGCCCGAGGCCAUGCCCAUAGCCAUGUCGAUCAGCAUCGGCGUGCAGACCGUUACCGCCGCGGCCGUCAUCAAGAUGUACGUCGUCCUGCUCGGCUGGCUGCAGAUGCACGGCUGCUACUGGUUCUUCGCUACCUGUUGCAUCCUCAGCAAUGUUUACAUCUUCUUCUUCCUACCAGAGUCCAAAAAUAGACCCAUUAACGAUAUUCUCGCUGAACUGAGGGGGGAGUCGAAGAAAAAAAAGAAUCUUACCACUCAUUACGACCCAGUUGACGUAACAGAGAGCCAAAAGUAAAUUCGACAAAACAUUCUUCCUCACAGUACGAAACGAAGCAUGCAAUAUUAAGCCUAGUUUACACGAUGACAUUGGGUUGCGCCACUCGUUGCGUGGAAUGAGUUGCACGCAAGUGGUUUCCUAUAUGACUGUAGACACGGCGACACCUGUAUACACUUCAGUUUCGUCGUUUUGUAGGUCCCUGAGUCGUGUCUGAAAUGAAAGUUUUGUAGUGAUUGAGUUCUACACCUACAUCUAUAUGGUUACUCUGCAAAUCACAUUUAAGUGCCUAGCAGAAGGUUCAUCGAACCACCUUCACAAUUCUCUAUUAUUCCAAUCUCGUAUAGCGCGCGGAAAGAAUGAACACCUAUAUCUUUCCGUACGAGCUCUGAUCAUAUCGCGGUGAUUUCGCCCUAUGUAGGUCGGUGUCAACAAAAUAUUUUCGCAUUCGGAGGAGAAACUUGGUGAUUGAAAUUUUGUAAGAAGAUUCCGUCGCAACGAAAAACACUGUAAGUAGGCUGUUCAGAUGCUUAUAUUGGUAACGCCACCGCCACCUAGCGCUCUGUAUGAAAAUCACUGGCUGUGCUGUGUGCAGUCUGUGGCUGGGUGGCAUUGUUGGAAUUUGCUAUUGUAGUGUUGGGCUGUUGGCUGUUAAUAGCGCGUAACAUUGCGCAGUUGGAGGUGAGCCGCCAGCAGUGGUGGAUGUGGUGAGAGAGAUGGCGGAGUUUUGAGAGCGGAUGAUCUAGACAGAGACAGUAAAUUUGUAAUAUUGGAUAUCAUCGACUGAUAUAGAUACUAUGACUUUUGAACACUACUAAGGUAAAUACAUUGUUUACUCUCUAUCAAAAUCUUUCAUUUGCUAUCUAUGCCUAUCAGUAGUUAGUGACUUCAGUAGUUUGAAUCUUUUAUUUAGCUGGCAGUAUUGGCUCUCGCUGUAUUGCAGUAGUUUGAGUAACGAAGAUUUUUGUGAGGAAAGUGAUUUGUGGAAGGUAUAGGUUAUUGUUAGUCAGGCCCAUUCUUUUGUAGGGAUUAUUAAAAGUCAUAUUGCGUUGCGCUAAAAAUAUUGUGUGUCAGUUUAGCGUUGAUCAGAAUAAGUAAAGAGAGUAAUGUCUGAGUACGUUCAGUUUUGCUCAGCUGUUCGCAAAUCGAAUAACGUAGAGGUUUAUCAGCACAAUCAUUCAUUAAUUUUUCUAAGAAGACGUUUCAACACCUUUCUUUUAAUGAUUUCCAGCCCAAAUCCCAUAUCAGUUGUGUGACACUGUCUCCCAUAUUUCGCGAUAAUACAAAACGUGCUGUCUUUCUUCGAACUUUUUCUAUGUACUCUGUCAGUCCUAUUUGGUAAGGAUCCCACACCGCACAGAAGUAAUCUAAAAGAGGAGGGACAAGCGUAGUUAGGCAGUCUCAUUUGUAGGUCUGUUACCUUUUCUAAGUGUCCUGCCAAUAAAACGCAGCCUUUUUUAGCAUUCCCCACACCAUUUUCAGUGUGUUCUUUCCACUUUAAGUUGUUGGUAAUUGUAAUACCUAGGUAUUUAGUUGAAUUUACGGCUUUUAGAUUAGACUGAUUUAUCGUGGAACCCAAGUUUAGCGAGUUCCUUUUAGUACUCAUGUUGAUGACCUCACACUUUUCGUUAUUUAGGGUCAACUGCCACUUUUCGCACCAUUCAGAUAUCUUUUCAAAAUCGUUUUGCAGCUUGUUUUGGUCUUCUGAUGACUUUAUUAGUCGAUAAACGACAGCGUCAUCUGCAAACAACCGAAGACGGCUGAGCAGAUUGUCUCCCAAAUCAUUUAUAUAGGUAAGGAACAGCAAAGGGCCUGUAACACUACCUUGCGGAAUGCCUGAGAUCACUUCUGUUUUACUCGACGACUUUCCGUUAUUUACUACGAACUGCGACCUCUCUGACAGGAAGUCGCAAAUCCAGUCACAUAACUGAGACGAUAUUCCAUAAGCACACAAUUUUACUGCAAGCCGCUUGUGUGGUACAGUGUCAAAAGCCUUCUGGAAAUCCAAGAAUACGGAAACGAUCUGAAAUCCCUUGUCAAUAGCACUCAGCACUUCAUGUGAAUAAAGAGCUACUUGUGUUUCACAGGAACGAUGUUUUCUAAACCCAUCUUGACUGUGUGUCAAUAGACCGUUUCCUUCGAGGUAAUUCGAACACAAUAUAUGUUCCAAAAUCCUUGCUGCAUAUCGAUGUUAACGAUAUGGGCCUGUAAUUUAGUGGAUUACUCCUGCUACCUUUCUUGAAUAUUGCGUGGAAUCGCUGCAUAAGAAAAAAAUAAGAAGCGUGUUUCGAUUCGUGACUGGAUGAAGAAAAGAAGUCAGCUCGGUUGCUCAGCAUUUUUGCUGAAAUAAUUUGUAACGGAAGAUCCAAGAAGUUCUUUUAAUUACCUUAGAAGGUCACGAGAACAGUUCACGUUUCUUCUACAUAGAGUUAAUUAUGCGAUAAGGAAUAAAGGUACUGUAAUGCAUGAAGCACUGACGCCUGAACUGAAAUUACAUAUCGUACUGGGUGCAUUACAAUCGAGAACACUCGGCAUGCUAUAAGAUACGGGUUUAGUUGGUGUUGAAGCUAUUUCAUUAACACCAAUAAUUAUUAACAUUAACAGCAAUAAUUAUUAACAUUACCAACAAUAAUUACUCGAAGCAGGCCGCUUUAAGAAGAGAACGGUUUGCAGACUAUUCUCUUGAAGAUAGAUCUUUACAGUGGCAAUAUUUCAAAAUUCUAACAUAUGUGAAUGGGGAGCAGUGCAGCGACGUUUUAAAUAGAUGAAUAUUGAAUAAAGAAUGCAGCGUCUUGAAUUUGUAUAGCUUCCCUCCUGUCAACAAUAUUCCUUAACGAAGAGUUGGCCAACUCGAACGAUGUGAUUUUAGUCUCGUAGAUGAGAGCAUUGCCACGGCUAGAAUUACAUUUGCUUGUAUUUCUCUUAAUACAGCUGUAUAUCUGCUCCUAACUCAAUAAAUUUCGCCCUGCAGCUUCGAUAUCGUCAAACCAUCUAUGUUAUGAUCGCAUAUGACGGUCUCAGCGGUAGAAGUAUGUUGCGUAUUUUUGUAAUCAGCAUCACUGAAAUCCCACAAACAAAAUGCUCAAAUGCGUGUGAAAUCUUAUGGGACUUAACUGCUAAGGUCAUCAGUCCCUAAGCUUACACACUAAUUAACCUAAAUUGUCCUAAGGACAACACACACACACACACACACACACACACACACACACACACACACACACACACACACCCAUGCCCGAGGGAGGACUCGAACCUCCGCCGGGACCAACCGCCCAGUCCAUGAGUACAGCGCCGAAGACCGCUCGGCUAUUCCCGAGCGGCCCCACAAACACCUAUGCAAAGCAUAGAUAUCCAAAAACCGAACGUUAUUCUCUGUUCUCCAUGUCAUAUUUCAGUUUGUCUACACUCUACGAACAUACAUAACCUCAAAACUCAUGCAACUAGUGUCGCCAAAGUUGGAACACGCCGAAAGUGUUUAGUUUCACCAGCGAGUUGCGCAAACUCGCAUCGUGCAUGCGCAGUCUCCGGUAGCGCAGUUGCUUGCAAUCUAGUGUCGUCGUGUAAACUAGGCUUUAAUGUCAUUUGAAGCAUGCAGAGUCACUGCUGUUCACCGCAGCACGACGAUGCCUCAUUUAAUAAGAGUUAUGACUUCGUCAUUGUGUUAAAAUGACAAACUGCUGCUUAUUGUAAGUCAUCUAAUACUCAAAGUUUUCCUUAGAAGGAUAGAAGCUGGUCCAUAUCAUCAGUGUAGUAGACAUCUUUCCUAUAUCACACUACAAAAAUGUUUAUCUGUCGGACUGGAACUAAUUCAGCUCUGGUAUGUCACGUUAUUUAAUAUUAAUGAGAAAAUGCUCUUUCUGGUGUUGUGCAGAGCAUCAUUUAUUUGGUCACGAACUAGCUUUCGGUGUCUUGGGGCCACUAGUAUGGUGCCCUGCAUUUACCCGGAUAUCACAGAUACAGAAGAAGCAUAAAAUCAUGAGGCAAUGUUUCCAAACGAAAGUAUUACUUUUUUGUGGUACUCGUUAAUCGUUACAUUUAACAACAAAUGAAAUAUAAAAUUGAAUUUACUAUUGUAAUGCAGAAUUUGCAUAACUGAAACUCAGUUUGACAGAGGAGAGGAAAGAAAUUAUGUUUAAUCUGUUAAAACUAAACUAAAGUUUACUGCUUUGCAAUAUUUUCCAGAGGACGCUGUUGAUGAUACGAGAAACCAUUGGUUGGUUGGUUGAUUCGUAGGAGGGGGCAAAACAGCGAGGUCACCAGUCUCAUCGGAUUAGGUUAAGAUGGGGAAGGGAGUCGGACGUGCCCUUUCAAAACAAACAACCUCGGCAUUUGUCUAAAGCGAUUUAGGAAAAUCACGGGAAACCUAAACGCCGGAGGCGGGUUUCAACUGUUGUCCUCCCGAA